AUGAACGUAAACAGACUUGCGUCUGAUGUUGAUCGCCUUCUCCUGCUGGAAGAAAUACGCAUUGCGAUCGCUGCAUUGGAUGCCAUUGAAGCUGAAGUCUCCAUCCUCGAGAUGGCAUGCCACGGCGACGAACUUGUGCAGGAGUUUAUCAGAAUCUCCCAGAAGCGUACACCGGUUGAGGAGUAUAUUGCGAUAUGCAGGUCCUUGCUAUCUCCGGUCCGCGGGUUGUUCGGAUUGCCCGUGGAGCUGCUCGGCCUGGUCUUCCUUCACUAUCUUUGGGAUGAUCUCUACGGUCAUCCUAGCGUCUCCCCAAGCUAUGGACAUUUGCGUCUUACAUGGGUCUGUCGUCACUGGAGGGACGUCGCUGCGAAUACCCACGAACUGUGGUCUAUCCUGUUCUUGAAGGGUGGUAGAUGUAUUGUGCCCGAGUUCGCGGAAAUGUCGAUUACUCGGGCAGGCAGGCUUCCUUUGACGAUGCAUCUCGCUCUCGCAAACGAGCUCCCGUUGAGUCUGGGAAUAUCGCCUGCAGCACUGAUGGCGCACCAAAGGGUAGAUGAACGGUGGCACGUGGAUAAGAUCCUCCCCGCUGUUGACGAUGUGCUCGCCAUAGUGGCAAAACACAUCAAGCGUUGCGAAAGUGUAUCACUCACUCUCGCUGUAGAUAGGCGUUUUCCCCUGCCCCUAUCGCCUGGGAUUCAUUCGAUACCCCUACCCUUGCUCCGGCAACUCACAAUACAAGUUCGUGCAAUCAAGGACUACACCCCCAUCGUUCCUUCUGGUCACGUUAUCAGGGUUCCUGGACUUCGGGCCCUUACUUUCGACUGGUCCUUCAUUCUUCAAUACGAGAACUUGAUAAUACCUUGGGGCCGGUUGACGUCUCUCAAUAUACGAUUCCAAUCAUUGCAGUGUCUUAAUCGACUUCACAGCGUAGUGAAGGGAUGUCCUGCGCUCGUGGAAUUGAGCUUGGCUGUACGCGUUCGCCACAAGGAACAAUUACUAGAGGACAUCCUUCCCGGCAUUGAACCGAUUCAUGCGCCGGAUCUUCAGUCUCUGGAGGUCAUGUUCGAACAGUACGACGAAGAUGGCCACGGGGAUCUUAUCAUCACCCGCUUUGUCGAGCAGCUUUAUCUUCCUAGACUCGAGCACCUCGUAGUGUGGGGCGUUAUCGGGCUCUCCGAAUGCUGGAGGAACAUGCUCGGUCGGUCAAGAUGUCUACUGCAGACAUUGCAGCUGGAUCCACGUACAAGUCCCAGAAAUCCUCUCGAGCUGGUAUCUCUGUUCAGGGAAGUCCCCAGUCUCUCGUCGCUUCAACUCCGUCUGCCCGAACCCCUCUGGGGCGAUCACGACAUUAUGUUGCUGGUUGAGUGCAUGUUGAAACGCGAUCCGUCCAAACAUUGGCCUUUCUCAUUACCAGCCCUGAAACACCUGCGAAUCAGUCUGGGAAGUACGAAUCACGAUGAUUUCGCUUACUAUCGCAAUAUUUUGCGAUCCGUCAGCCAAGACAUAAGUUCCAGCGGGUCUAGAUACAGAGCGAGUGUCGAUUUGGCAGAUGAGCCGUCCUCUGACCCGUACGGCAUAAACGAGACGUGGCUAUGGACUAUACGAGAAUACCACAAGGAAGACAUACACUGGUGA